AUGUAUCCCAAGGCUUGGAAAGAAUUUCAAACAGAUUUCAAGACUUGUACAGCUUUACAACACACUAGUAAGGCCUAUUCUAGGAUAUGGGUCAGUUAUUUGGUUACAGACUAUUCAGUCCAUAUUCAUAGACUGGAAGCGGUUAAACUAAGUCUCGUGAGACAUAUCAAAUAUUUAUGGGGAUUGCAAGCACAGAAAAGUGAUCGUGAUUUUCGAACAGCGCAGAUGGACUUGUGUUUAUUCCAGGACAUAAUCAACACCAAAAUAGACAGUUCGGAAAUACUGAACGAAACAAAACUAUUGGUGCUUAACUACAAGGAUUUUGAGAGAAAAAAAAAAUUGCUGGAUUUAGCACAAGACAUGAAAAGAUUUAUAACAAGUGGUUCUAGAAACAGGAUAUUCGCUACAGUGAAUGAAUAUGGAAAUGAUUUAAAUUCUUUUAAUAGUAGCUAG